AUGGCUAUCCCCCUCCAGCACCCCACUACGGCUCCAAGUUUCCCCAAGAUAGCAGCAGCUCAGGGCAGCGCCUUCGACCAGUAUCGAACCAAGACAGGCGUCCUGUACCAUGAGAUUCACAGUGCCAGCGUCUUCCGAGUUCUCGAGAUCGACCCUGGAAGUUUCGAGAGCCCUGUUAUAUGCAAGUUCCAUCACAUCGACCUGGACGCCCUACAUCUGCAGGAUGACGCAUUGAGCUACGCCUGGGAGGACCCCUCGUGGCGCUACUCGCCCAGCAACACGGAGAUGUUCGCGGUCCUGUGCGAUGGUCACGAGCUAAAGAUAUCGCCGAACCUGCACGAGGCAAUCCGGCACGUGAGGUCAGCCAGGAGGCGGAUCUUCUUGUGGGCAGACGCCGUGUGCAUCAACCAAGAGGACACGGCCGAGCGGGGGCACCAGGUUUCGCUGAUGGCUUCCAUUUACCGCCGGGCCCGACAGACCAUUGUAUGGCUUGGUGACAACACGAGAUAUUCGCACCCUUUUCAGGUCACCGAACGGCAAAUUCCCGAGGCCCAGCUGGCCUUUGGGGCUAUCUGCGAUAUUGUGAAUAACUGGGGGUCUCUAAAAGCGGCGGAAGCUCAAGGCGGAUUCGAGACUGCCAGCUACCGGGUUGCGAACCCAGUCGACGAGCAAGAUACGAGAGAGUUCAGACACUGCGAGGAUCAAGGGCUUUCCAGCCCUAAGCCUGAGCCUUCCGAUUCUGGAAUCGACGCUGACGCGGUCUCGGCAAAAACGUCGCCGCUGUGGAAAUCCAUCGCCGGCCUCUUCUCUCAACCCUGGUUCUGGCGUGUCCGGGUCGUCCAAGAGGUCGUGCUGGCGCAGUCGGCCGUGGUGAGAUGGGGGCAUGCGGAGAUAGACUGGAGGUGGAUCGGUCUUGCGUCAGCCAUACGACGAACCAACUACAGCUCCAUCUGUGAGGCCAUGGUCAUGGGCGGCGUCUACAACGCAUACCUCAUGUUUAGACUUUCUCCCAUGAGCGACCUGCCGCCUAUAACCUUGUCUUUCAUCCAGCUGCUGCGCCUCACGCGGCAGCUCGCGGUGACUGACGCGCGUGACCGCCUCUACGGCCUGCUCGGCAUCCGCACCACCGACAGCGAUCCCGAAGCAGGCCUGCUUUUCCUCCGGCCCGACUAUUCCGUUUCAGAGCGCGAGCUGUGGAAGCGUGUGGCAAUCAAGGCCAUCGGCGAGUCCCACAACCUGUCCCUGCUUUCGAGCGUUCAGCACGAUACGUUUGAUUUGGAGGCCCUCCGAAGCGCCAGUGAAAGCCAUUCCACGUUCCAGGAAGAGCGGAGUCCAGAACACCAGCCGCUGCCCUCUUGGGUACCCAAUUGGAGUGUAGCCUGCUGCGCUACGUUAGCUCCCUGGGAUCGUGACGACCGGUUCGCGGCCGCGAAGGACUUCCCCCUCCACCUCGGUUCUCCGAUCGGCUCCAACAACCUCCUCGUCGAGGGCAUCCAAAUCGGCAUGGCUGUAAAACGCUACGGGACCGGGUGGCGCCAGGCGGUUACGGCACUCCUUGGAGGACGCGACGCUUACGGUUCCUUGCAAGCCGCCGACAGCGACGACUGUCUCGCGGAUCUCGCGGCCUACAUUCUCGACUGCGCCGAGCGCGAGCGUCAAGAGACCAAGAGCUACGGUGGGAUAUUCGAGCGACACCCGCGACUGGAAGAAAAAUUGGAGAGCCUGGCCGAAGGCGGAAACACGUCGCGCUUCUGCAGCACCGUGGAUUCCGUAAGCGCACGGCGGCAGCUUUUUACGACUAUGAACGGGUAUUUCGGUCUCGGGCCAGACCUGCUCGAAAAAGGGGACGUCGUUUGCGUCUUGUCCGGCGCCGAUCUCCCUCUUGUCCUGAGCCCUACGUCAUGGCGGCGGCAGCAGGACGAGAAUGACGGCGAGGGCGCGGGGCGGCAACCGCGCCCGACCGAGCCUUGGCGGGUCGACCACAACCUCUUGGUCGGCGAGUGCUACGUCGAAGGCCUGAUGAACGGCGAGACGAUGGCCGGGUUUGCAAACGGCGACGACCCGGUGGAGUUGUUUGGCCCGCUGCCGCCCCAGCUCCUCGAGGAUGACAUUCUGUCAGCAGCGAGCGAGCCGGAAAGAAACCGGGCGCGGAAGGCACGACUGGAACAGCUGCGUGCAAGAAAUUUGUUCACGCCGGCAAGUUUAAAAGCAGCUAGGCGUACUAGGGCGGAAAAACGAUGGUUCAAUAUUCGCUGAGGGGUGUGUUGUGGAUAUCUGGGCCAAGACCGGACUCACACCGUUAGGACCCACGCGGUUGAUAACUGUUAGGAGACGUAAGGCGCAUGCCGAGAACUAUAAUAUCAUUUUUCCCUUUCUCCCUCAAGAGUAGAGCAUGCCCGCUCCAAUCAGACAUCAGCAGUAUAAAG